AUGGAAAGUGAAUUUAAGCAAGAAGACCAAGUUGAGUUGAAACGCUCAACAAAGAAACGCGUUUUAUCUAUUGAUAUCCCUCAAUUUGCUACAGAUUUACUCGAGAAAUUAAAGGAAAAAUAUAUCUUUGACUUUAUUGUGCCGGACCCGCAUAGUCGAGAGGAAACGAUCAAAAAAAUCCACAAAGCCGCAGAAAGAAAUACAUAUGAUGCGUGUUUUUGGGUUUUUAAGAAUGCUCCUAUAUCCCCCUUUACUAAGGAAAUGCUCGGUCCUCUAAUGCCUAGCUGUCGCUUGUUCAUUACAGGAGCUGCUGGAUAUGACGAUUUAGACAUUGAAUGGAUGGCAGCCAAUGGUGCCUAUGCUGCCAAUGCCCAAAAUGCUCCUACAGAAGGCACAGCCAUCAUGAAUCUUUUGCUGUUUCUUUCUGUUCUGCGUGGAUCACGAGAAGCAGAGCAAACCAUGCGUUCUGGUAAAUGGCACGGAAAUUUGCCAUUAAUGGAAGAUCCCAGAGGUAAAAUAGUAGGCAUUAUCGGGAUGGGUGCCAUUGGGAAAUCGUUUGCCCAAAAGAUUAUCUCUCUCGGUGGUAGGGUCAUUUAUAACAACAGAACACGUCUAUCCAAAGAAGAAGAGGAAUCGUUAGAUGUUCAAUACGUAAAUUUUGACGAAUUACUUACUACAAGCGAUGUUAUUAGUGUUAACUGUCCUCUCACGCUGUCUACGAAAAACUUGCUUUCUAAAAAUGAAUUUCAAAAAAUGAAAGAUGGUGUUUACAUUCUUAAUACUGCUCGUGGAAAUAUUAUUGAUGAAGAAGCUUUCAUUGAAGCCAUCCAGUCUGGAAAAGUAAGUCGAGCUGGUUUAGACGUUUUUGUUAAUGAGCCGAGUCCUAAUCCAUUUUGGUUGACAUGCGACAAAGUUACUGUUCAGCCUCAUUGGGGAGGCUUUACUACUUCUACUGCUGUCAAGGUUGAAGAAGCCAUCUUGGAAAACAUUGACACAUUCUUUAAAACGGGAAGGCCCUUGAACCCCGUUAAUACUCCUGCCAUCCAACUUUGA